UUAGUGCCCUUGUUAUCAACGAUGACUUAAAUAUCAUUAUGUCACAGGCAAAAGAAAGAGAUGGUUCAGCGCCUGACAUACCGUCGUAGGCUAUCCUACAACACCGCGUCAAACAAGACUAGACUGUCACGAACACCCGGUAACCGAAUUGUCUACCUGUACACCAAAAAGGUCGGGAAGGCGCCCAAGUCAGCUUGCGGGAUUUGCCCAGGAAGACUUCGAGGUAUCCGUGCUGUCAGGCCUAAAGUUCUAAUGAGACUUUCGAAGACAAAGAAACAUGUCAGCAGGGCUUAUGGUGGCUCAAUGUGUGCCAAGUGUGUGCGUGACAGAAUCAAACGUGCUUUCCUGAUAGAAGAGCAGAAGAUUGUUGUCAAAGUGCUCAAGGCACAGGCACAGAGCCAGAAAGCAAAAUAAAUGCUAUUUGUACUUGGUGAAUAAAUGUAAAAAAAAAAAUUAAAGUUUGCUUUAUUUCA